AGAACAUAUAAUGUACAUGUAAUUAGUUACUCACAUAAUAGCAAAGCUGUUUCAGAGAAAAAGUAUUUUGAUACAAACUUCAAAGCCUCUCAUAAUAUACUCCAUCGCAAAAUGCUCAAUAAGUAAAAGUGUUAAUUCUUGAGCUUCCUGUCAUUAGUUUUGUCAUCAAUAUCAGCAAACAAGUUUACUACAUCUUUAUGCUAUAUAUACAUAUCUUUUUAACAUUGUACACUGCUUCUAUGUACCAGAACUAACAAGAUGCCUGAAUGAAUACAAUAUUGCGACAAAGUAAGGGGAUUUUGCGGUCUAUCUGGUAUCCUAUGUGAUCUUUUUUGUUUUUUUUGUCCAGUUUAAAGAUUAGUACAAUAUUGAAGGCGUAAUAAGCUAAAAACUCACCUGUUUCUACAUCCAUAGCUUCCAUUUUCGAAAUAUCACUUGUCUAGAAAAACGACUGAAGGUACGGCUACCAUCAGGACGAGGAAGUUCAUGACCAACAGACUGUUGGCUCGAAAACAAAUGGUAGUAGAUGUCUUGCACCCAGGACAGCCCUCUGUUAAAAAAACAGACAUUAGGGAAAAACUAGCCAAGAUGUACAAGGUAACCCCAGAUGUAGUAUUCGUAUUUGGAUUCCGUACGAACUUUGGUGGUGGCAAAUCAACAGGCUUUGGCCUAAUCUACGACACCUUAGAUUUUGCCAAAAAAUUUGAGCCUAAACACAGGCUGGCUAGGCAUGGACUAUAUGAGAAGAAACAGCAGACACGUAAGCAGCGUAAAGAAAGGAAGAAUAGGAUGAAGAAAGUAAGGGGUACAAAGAAGGCCAAAGUUGGUGCUGCUUCCAAAAAGGGCAAGAAAUAAUGAGUUAUAAAGAGUAAGAAGAUAUGAAUUUGGCAAGCUUUCCUGCAUUGUAUGGCCCAUAUCCACAAUCCAUGGAGAUUCUACAUAUGUGUUGUACAAUUCAAAAGCUGUUGUUAUUAAACCAACACCUUUUUACAUAAAAUAUAUUUAUAAGUAAUAGUUAUUUCAUUUUUCCUACAAAAAUAGAAAUAAAGAUGUACUCAAAAUAAA